ACCGCCGCAGCAAAGCAGGCGGGCUUGACCGUGAGAAUGGCCAAUGACAGAAAAACCUCAGACAUGAAGGUGGAAAAGAAAAAGAAAAAAAUAAAGCAUCCCAUGUCAGAAAAGAAAAAGGUGGAAAAGGAAAAGGAAAAAAUGAAGCAUCCCAUGUCAGAAAAGGAGCAACAGGUUCAUGAGCCUGAGUUGAAAAAACAAAAACUGGAGAAAGAGAAACAGAAUGAGGAGGAGGAGGAGGAUCAUGAACUUUCCGCAGAGGAGAAGAGGACAUUGGAAAGAAAGCUGAAGAAAGAGCGCAAGAAGGAACAAAAGAAAUUAAUGCGAGAAGCGAGAGGGACUGCAGCUAAGGAAGAAGAAUCUAAGAAACCAUCAGGGUCAGAGUUGGCACUAGACUACUUAACUACCUGGUCUGAAAGCCCCAAAGAGUGGAAGUUUCAAAAGACAAGGCAAACAUGGCUUCUUCUACACAUGUACGAUCAAGACAAGGUCCCCGAUAAAUAUUUUUCUAUUUUAUUGCGGUACCUUGAAGGGCUCCAGGGCAGUGCACGAAGCCUAACUGUACAGAAAGCAGAAGUUCUCAUGAAGGAAUACGACAAUUCUGAAGCAAAUGAUCCUAGCCUUCCGGAGAAAUGUGAGCGCAUCCGAAAAGUUCUACAGUUGUUGUCAUGAAAACCUCUCAGCCUGUCAAGCCCCUUCCAUGAUCCAUUUAUCAGUUUAAUGUUACAGGAACAGAGCUGAAUAUAAUUCCUACUCUUUAAACAUUUCUUUAAAAUUCAGAUCCUUUCCAGAGCAGUAUUAGUCAAGGCGUUUUUAAUCUCCAUCCUCUUGUUUUUAAAGCAAAUGUCUUCUCAGGUUACAAGGUGGUGAAAAAUAAUAGCAAAAUAUGAUGGACUGGUCAGUAUUAAAAACAAAAGCAACAACAAUACUUGGACUUAUACCCGUAUCUUACUGCUCUUCUUUUAGGAAAUGUUUUCUUUUAGCUUUUUGCUGUGUAAAUUAUUAAGAGUUUUGCUAAUGACAAUUUCCCCACCCCCAGAAUGGUUUUAAACCAGAUUGUGAAGCCUCCACUGAGGUAGCUGAAAUCUUCUAACCCUUGGUUUGUCAUUGGGUUGUGAACUCUGGGUUGUUUGUAGUUAACAACCCACAGUUGAACAAUAGGGUAAGGUCUGCACGUAACGACAACCCGCGAUUCAACAACAGCCUUAAUCAACCUGUACUCUGGUGUGAUAUUACAUGCUAACCAGGUAAUUGUCUGUUUAAGCUGAAGAUCUGGAAGCCGUUGUUCUUUGUUGAUCCGCCUUCAUUUGCCUUUAAAGUUUGUUUUAUUUCAAUUAGCUACAUAAUGCACAUCUGAAGUAACACAGUCAUAGGCUUUUCCAUGUUUAUGAUCAAUAAAAGGAGAUUUUGCUGCUGUUUUGCUGCAUUCCUGACCUUCACAUUAUCCUCAUGUGGUUAUUUUCUAGUUGAAUAAAU